AUCGAGUGCGACAGCUUUGCCUUUGACCUUUCCCGACGUACAGCAAUGUCCUCCUCCUUCUUCACGACCCCGGCCUCGCAGCGGAAAAGAAAAAGGACAGACGGCAGCUCAAAUGUCCCCAAACGGCGGAACACGGACACGAAUGGCCCACGCGAAGAGUCGAUAAGUGGGAGCGAUAUCUCAGACGACGAUCGCGGCGAUGUAUUCGACGAGGCCAACGACGACUCAGAUACUUCAGAAGACGAGGCCGAGACGGCAGCGGAAAAGCGACUCAGACUCGCAGAGCGCUACCUCGAGAACAUCCGCAACGAGGUCGAAGAUGAGGUGGGCUUCGAUGCAGAGCAAAUCGACAAGGACCUCAUAGCCGAAAGGCUCAAGGAAGACGUGGCAGAGACAAAGGGCAAGAUUUACAGAUCAAUCGCAGCCGAGCUGGACUUUGAAGCGGCAUCACACGUUUGUGGAUAUUCAGGCCUGCAAAAGUCAACCACCGGCUGUGCAGUGAAGUUACCGCAUGCCUGGACCAUCAGCAAAGACCUUGUCGUGGAGAAGUGGGAGAUCGCGGACCCAAAAGCAUACGCCGCAGACAACGACCGGCCUUCUAACGUCACGCCGCGCAGGACACCCAAGAGGCUCUUCUGGCGGAAAGGCAACAAGAACAAAAAGGGCGAUAGGGCCUACUUGGGCCAUACGGGCGAGAUCAUAUCCAUCGCCAUUUCAGACUCCGGGAAAUACCUGGCGACGGGCGACAAGCACGCCCGGUUGAUCAUCUGGGACGCCGAUACCCUCACCCCGCGCCAUUUGUUCACUCGGCACCGAGACGCAGUCAUGUCAUUAUCCUUCAGAAGGGGCACCGAGCAGCUCUUCUCCGGGGGUGCAGAUCGUGCUGUCAUUGUCUGGAGUGCACCAGAAUCAGCAUAUAUUGAGACUUUGGUCGGACAUCAGGAUGUUGUCGUAGGUGUUGCGGGUGGACUGGAGCUUAAUCAAGAGAUUUGUGUCAGUGUGGGCGCGCGAGAUCGUACGGCACGAUUGUGGAGGGUUGUCGAGGAGAAUCAGCUCGUCUUCCAAGGUGGUGGCACUGCGCGACAGAAGGGCAUGGAUAAGCUACGCAAGGGUCGGUUUGGUAAAAAUGUUGAAGACGCAGAUAAAGCCAAGGACGACCAGGUGAACGGUGUCGACGGCGACGACGAUCCACCAAUCGCAUAUGCAGAAGGCUCGAUCGACUGCGUGGCGCUUCUCGAUGCAAGCUUGUUUGUGACAGCAUCGGACAAUGGCGCAUUAUCACUAUGGUCUGUCAACAGGAAGAAGCCGCUAUUCACAUACCCCCUUACCCAUGGUCGCGAUCCGCGCCUUACGCCCGAACAGAUGUCUGCAAAUCACGACGCGGCAACAUCAGUAAAGCCAGGACCAAGGUUACCCCGAUAUGUCACCGCGCUCACCACCGUACCUUUCGCCGACCUCAUUCUGACAGCGAGCUGGGAUGGCUGGAUACGAGCAUGGAAAAUUGGGCCUGAGAAGCGUACCAUUGAGUCAGUAGGCAAGGUUGGGCGAGUGCCUGUGGCGGAUGAAGGAACUUUAAACGGAGAUGGCACGGAGGAUGCAGUACUCAUUCGAGGCAUAGUGAAUGGUCUGUCAGUCCAGGAGCGGGGAGACAGAGGCAAGGAUGGACUUUGUAUAGUUGCGGCUGUGGGCAGAGAACCUAGGCUAGCAAGGUGGAUGUCAGGAAAAGUAAAGAACGGAAUCUACGUCUUCGAGGUACCCCGGAAAGUUCUCACGAACGGGACGGCUGAUGAGUCGGACGCAGAGGAAGAGGGUUAAAUGGAGUGCAUUAGCAUCAGUUAGGAGUCUGGCAUUUAGAUACCAAUACCAUGUCCGGCAUCUAUUUCAACUUUUAUUUUACCUUGAGCACGAAAGUGGCUACAAAGUAAAAAGCAAAGUGUCGAG